UGAACAGGUGGGGAGACAACGUUAUUUCGCUGGAUAGAACUGUUGCGCGAACCACGGUGGAGCUCAGUGGGUCCGAGCACGCGGUUCGUGAUUCUUUCUCUCCUUCGGCACGGCACGUUCUGCACAUUCACCACGUUCACCACACUCUGCCCAGCCAAAUUCGGCUAAUGAGAACGAACAUUAACACCAGCCAAAGCUGCUAAUAACUCCAAAUCGACGACUCGCAUUCUAAUCUAUUUUCCUCUGGUAAACUAUUAGGCUGCAGGGUCCCAAUUAUGGGCGAGUUAACCGAGAUACAGUCCUUUUACAAGGGAAAGAACAUUUUUAUAACCGGGGGAACCGGUUUCAUGGGAAAAGUGCUCAUCGAGAAGUUGCUGUACAGUUGCACCGAAUUGAAUAAGAUUUAUAUUUUGAUAAGAUCGAAGAAAGGCCGGUCCCCUGAUAUUCGUGUCGAUGAUAUGUUCAAAUUGCCGAUGUUCGAAAGGAUAAGAAACCAGAAGCCGCAAACAAUGAAAAAGGUGAUUGCGUUGAACGGAGACGUGUCCCUCGACCAUCUAGGAUUGACCGAGGCGCAACUGGAAACGUUAAUGGAUGAAGUCGACGUAGUGUUUCACUGCGCGGCUACGCUUAGAUUGGAGGCAAAGUUGCCCGAUGCCAUCGAAAUGAACACGAUUGGAACGAAAAGAGUGUUGGAUCUCGCGAAGAAGAUGAAGCGCCUGAAGUCGUUCGUCCACUUGAGUACGGCAUUUUGUCACCCCGAUCUGGACGAGCUUGGAGAACGAGUAUACGACGCACCGGACGAUCCCAACAAAGUUAUGGAUCUGAUACAGUGGAUGGACGAAUCUGCCAUUAAUCUCAUCACGCCGAAGUUGUUGGAUAAACAUCCAAAUACUUACACGUACUCGAAACGAUUGGCCGAGAAAUUGGUGUCCAACGAGUAUCAGAACUUACCGUGCUGCAUUGCUAGACCAUCGAUAGUGACUCCAGCUGGGAAGGAACCGCUGAAUGGGUGGGUAGACAACUUGAAUGGUCCGGUCGGUCUGUUGGUGGGCGCAGGGAAAGGAGUGAUAAGGUCGAUGCACUGUAACGCGGGCUACCACGCCGAAGUGGUACCCGUCGAUCUGGCGAUCAACGCGUUGAUCUCGAUCGCCCACAAGACGGCCAUCGCCGGAAAGCCAAAGAACAUGCCAGUGUACAAUAUCACGCAAAGCGGCGUGUUGCCGAUCACUUGGGGAGAAAUCGUGGAGAGGGGUAAAAGGAUCUGUCACACGUAUCCUUUCGAGGGACAAAUUUGGUACCCGGACGGCGAUAUACGCAGCAGCAAGCUGGUGCACAACAUCUUCGUUUUCUUCUUUCAUAUUAUCCCGGCAUAUUUCAUCGACUUCCUUAUGUUGAUAUUUCAACAGAAACGAUUUAUGGUUCGAAUUCAAAAGCGAAUCUCGGACGGGCUGGAUGUGUUGCAGUAUUUCACGACCAAGGAAUGGGUCUUCCACAACACAAAUUUGUUGAUCAUGUGGGGCGAAAUGAGUCCCAAGGACAAGGAAAUAUUCCCGGUAGACUUUCUGGUGAUCGACAUCGAGGAUUACAUGAAAUGGUGUAUUUUAGGGGCACGGCAGUACUGUAUGAAAGAGAAUUUGUCCACUAUACCGAAAGCUCGUAGACAUCAAGCAAUAAUGUACAUUGUACACUUGAUCACUGUGUACUCGUUCCGAUUGGGAAUGUUGUACUUGAUCUACAAGAACGUCGCGAUCGCCAGAUUUUGCGUGGACUCUGUUAUACAGUAUAUCACAUCGUUGCCGGCUGUGAGCGCAGCGAUUUGGAGGAUUCAACACUGAAGACGCGUCGGCAUCGGGGAUAGUUUCAGGUUGAUCCGUCGCAUCCUUUUCUUGGGAGAAAAAUGGUAGCAGUAGCGGUUGCAGCAGUGGCUGCAGUGGCGGCAACGACGACGAUGACUGCUUUGGGCGCGAGCAAGUAGGCCAAGGCGGCUGGAUCAACUUCGAAACGAUUUCGUUCUUCGAGGACGUUCCUCGAGCAUCGAUACUUCUACCAUCGAAUCAUUGAAAAAUUUAACAUUCCCAAUUUUACGUUACGUAGUACCUUUACGCUCGAACUACGCGGCGAUCGAUGACGAACGCGUAAUCACGAGAAUCUGUAACCUGUAAUCUCCUAAGUAAGCUGUAUGCAUUAAGUUCUAUGGUAAGCCCUAAGCUGUAACGGAAGCGAUUCAAUUUCCAUACUUGAAUUCUGGAACGGACCGAGUCGCAGUUUUUGUGUAUGUGUAGGUGUGCAUGUCGGGGAUUUAGGUGAAAAUUUGUUCCAACUAAAUAAAUCGUGGUGAUUUGUGCGCGGUUUCAGUCACUUUACUAGUCUAAGCAACAAUUUGUACCUACGUUUAUUCGACGCUGCAGCUGUCGAUCGCGAUGCAACGAAGAGUUCAUUUAUGGAAAUAAAGCGACAUGUGUUUUCUUUUUUCUUGUCAA